GGUCCGCGGGAGUCGGAGAGCUUGGGGCCUGCGCCAGGGCGGGAGCGGUGCGGAGUGCACAGAGCGCUUCUCCCUAGGUGCCCCUGAGCAUUGAUCGCGCCCUGAGGGAUGGAGGACCCUGUGCUUGGGCUCGCUGCCCCUCCGCACACGCACGCACACCCCUUGCCGGGAGCGCGCGAGAGGCUGAGGAGUUUAUCCGUCCGGUCGGAGAAAGGGGGAGGUGUAGCGGGAAAGUUAAACUCACAGGCCUCUGGUGGGUUCUUUCCUGGAAGAACUAUUUAUCUACUGUAUAAAAAGUCCCUCUCCCGCCCCCAAGCGUUCACAGUCCAAGAUGGGGAAGGAGACACUACAGGUCUCUUGCACGACCUUCUCGAGGGAUAUUUACUGUGUGCCCAUUUUGUGUAAGCCCUUCCACCAGGCCUGGGGCCUCGCCCUAGGGGGAGUUCUCUGGAAUGAGACAGUACACAGCAUAAACUUGAACUCUCAGGCCACUCCAUGGUUCACUACUGCCAGGAAGAUCCUGGCUGUUGCUUGGCAGCUCUAAACUUAGGGAAUAGAAAUAAGGAGUUAAGGCAAGUUUAGCCCCUGGACUUUUAGUAAAUCAUUUACUCAAGGAGUAUUUAUUGGGCACCAGUUGAAAGCAGGACUCUGUGCUGGACUUUUAUUGUGGGAAUUCAGGGUCUAAUGGGAGAGUUAAUCUGGUGGGAGAGGUGGAGUGUACACAAGAAAGGGUGAAACUCAGGCCUCAUUUCCUGGAGGGACCACUCUUCAUUCCCUAGGUAUCUACGGAGGGCCUCCCGUGUGCUCAGAAGUGUUCUUGGCAGUGGGAAUGCAUCUGCGAUGAACAAACUAAAAUCCCUGCCUUGUGGGAGCUUGACAUGAACAACUUUUGUGUGCAAGGCUGUAAGCUGAACUCCUCCUACCCUUGGGCACUAACAGCUGAGUUAAAGAAGAAGUGGAGAAGGGACUGCCCUCCCAGACAAUGACAGAGGUGGUGGCUGAGGUGGCUGACAUGCCAACACAAAUGUCACCAGGGACCACAGAGGCAUCAACACCGGUGUUAGGGCAGAUGACAGAGAUGUCAGCAGAGGUGACCGAGAUGAUGCCUGGGGAGGCCCUGGCCUCAUCCCUCUUCUUCCAGCACCACCAGUUCAUGUGCUCAGAGUGUGGCAACCUCUACAACACUCUGGAGGAAGUCCUCUCGCACCAGGAGCAGCAUGCACCCACGGCCACAGAGGAAGAAGCGCUGGGCCCCCAGGACACCGGCCCAGAGAUAGUGCCAGGUGGCAUCCAGGACGGGCCCUUCCAGUGCUGUGAGUGCAGCCAGCUCAUCCUCUCCCCUGGUGAGCUCCUGGCCCACCAGGACGCCCACCUCCGGGAGUCCGCCAGCCAGAUCCAGUACCAGUGUGGGGACUGCCAGGAGCUGUUCCCCUCACCAGAGCUGUGGGUCGCUCAUCGCCAGGCUCAGCACCUUUCUGCCACCACGGCAGGGCCACCAGAACCGCCCCCGCUGCCUCCUAGCGUGCCUCCGCCUCCGCCCCCUGCUCCACCUGAAGUCAAGAUGGAGCCCUACGAGUGUCCCGAGUGCUCUACUCUCUGCGCCACCCCUGAGGAGUUCUUGGAGCAUCAGGGCACCCACUUCGACUCCCUGGAGAAAGAAGAGCGCAAUGGGCUAGAGGAGGAAGAGGAAGAUGAGGACGACGAAGAUGACGAGGAGACAGAAGAAGAGGAGGCAGCAGCGGAGGCGGGUGAUGAGGCCGUGGGAGGCGACAAGUCCACAGCCGGCCGCACCCAUAGCUGUGGGGAUUGUCCCCAACACAGGACCUCAACAGGGGCACGCCGACGACACCGGCGGGCAUCUCGUGGCCCAGCAUCAGCAACCCACCCCUUCCACUGCAGCCAGUGCCAGCGCAGCUUCAGUUCCGCCAAUCGGCUGCUGGCUCACGGACGGGCCCACGUGGGUGGCACCCACGAGUGUACCACCUGCUCCAAGGUCUUCAAGAAAGCAGCCUCCCUGGAGCAGCACCUGCGGCUGCAUCGCGGCGAAGCCCGGUACCUCUGUGUGGACUGUGGCCGCGGCUUUGGCACAGAACUCACGCUGGUGGCCCACCGCCGGGCCCACACCGCCAAUCCGCUACAUCGCUGCCGCUGCGGCAAGACCUUCAGCAACAUGACCAAGUUCCUGUACCACCGGCGCACGCACGCGGGCAAGAGCGGGGCACCCCCUGCAGCGGCAGCAGUGGCCUCCCCAGCUCCCGCUGAGCCCACGCCCCCGCCUCCGCCCCCACCACCCGCCCCACCUGUCCAGCUGCCCUGCCCACAGUGCUCCAAGUCCUUCUCCUCAGCUUCCCGACUGUCCCGGCACCGACGUGCAGUACAUGGUCCCCCUGAGCGGCGGCACCGCUGCGGGGUGUGUGGCAGGGGCUUCAAGAAGCUGGUCCACGUACACAACCACCUGCGGACGCACACAGGUGAGAGGCCCUUCCAGUGCCACUCUUGUGGCAAGACCUUUGCGUCUUUAGCCAACCUCAGCCGCCACCAGCUGACCCACACAGGCGUGCGGCCCUACCAGUGCCUGGACUGUGGCAAGCGCUUCACGCAGAGCUCCAACCUGCAGCAGCACCGGAGGCUGCACCUGCGGCCUGUGGCCUUCGCCCGGGCACCCCGCCUGCCCAUCACUGGUCUCUACAACAAGAGCGCCUACUCUUGUGGGACCUGUGGCCGCUGGUUCCGUGCCAUGGCGGGCCUGCGGCUGCAUCAGCGGGUCCAUGCUCGAGCCCGGACUGCGACAACACAGCCACCCCGCUCACCGCCCCCCGCCCCACCCCCGCCCCCUGAGCCGCAGCAGACUAUCAUGUGCACCGAGCUAGGGGAGACCAUUGCCAUCAUUGAGACCUCCCAGCCGCUGGCCCUUGAGGACACACUGCAGCUGUGCCAGGCUGCCCUGGGGGCCACUGAGGCCAGCGGGCUGCUGCAGUUGGAUGCAGCCUUCAUGUGACACAGCUGAAGAAGAGCAAUAAAAGUUUGGUUGCCAUGGCCAUUGUGGUUCCCUUUGGGGGGCAAGGGGCUCACCCCCUGGCAAGCCACUCUGGCGUCCACUUAUGUGCCAGGAUCCACCCUGGCCUCUUCCCCACCGACUCCUCAGAACAACCCCGCCAGCUUUCUCUUGUCACCUUUUUCUGCCUGAAAGAAAACUGAAGCUCUGAGAUGCGAGCUGAUCUGUCCCAAGUCACCCGCCACACUACCCAGGGAAGUUUGCCAAGCCCUUUGCUCAGCAGCACCCGGGUGCCGGGCAACAUCAGGUAACCUUUUCUGAGCCCUGAGCAUGUGCCAGGUUGGAGCUGGGCACGGUCACCUAUUUCUGGUCCUCUGCUUGUCCUCUCAGCCCUAGCCAUCCCUGGACACCAGGCACCUAGGACCUCACUCCACCUGGUGGGAGAAAGCCACUGGACUUCUCUGGGGCUCCUUAAGCUCGUUUUUGGCGAUGUGGAAGGAAAUCUAUAGGUAUUGAGGUGCUCAACUGCAGACUGGGUGAUGCUGGAGACCCAGGAAUAAGUCAGACAUGGGCUGUGCCCCCAGCAGGCGUGCGGGGUGAUGGGAGGAACACAAGUACAGAUGGCCUUGCUUCUCCAAGUGUGUCUUCAUUCAUUUGGCCUGGGUGUCCUGAGGCCACCCUCUGUGCUGGGUGAUACCAAGAGCCAAAGAUGAGUCGGGCCUCUACCCUACUUCUGGGGGACAGACAGCUCUCAGCCCCAGGUUCCUUAGGCUGUGGUGGGGAUGGGCGGGGACAGUGAGAGGCCAGAGCAGCAGACCGACCUCCAUGGUGGCAGAUCUGGAGUCGGAGGCCUCCUAGAGGUAGCCCUUGAAAAACAGAAAUCUGCUAGUGACAAUGGAAGAGAACAUUCCAACAGGCAGCAAUGCAAGGAGGGUGAGUUCUUGGUAUGUUUGGAUACUGUCCAGUUAUUCACAGCCCCAGUACAGUGGACACUGGACUGCCUAGCUGUGGCAGGCACUGCAGUAAGCGUUGUGUACUGUGAUCCUAUGGGCCUGGGAGGUGAUCUCAGUAUAUUCUCUGUCGUACAGAUGAGAAAACAGGGCCAGACUCGCCCGAGGUCUUGCAGCUAGGCGGAGGGGGUGCUGAGGUUUGAACCCAGUUGGUUCCUUCAGGCCGCGUCUGGGACCAGUGCCACUGAUUGAUCGUGACCUGGAACCCACGCAGGGCUGGUGGCUCAGGGCUUGAUUAAGUGGAGGAAAAGUGAGCGGGUGUUACAGAGCCGUUGGGGAUUGAUGGGGCCUCAAAAGAUCAAAGUUCUUGGGAGCAGGAAGGACUCCCCAAACUCUUUAAAGGUUAUCUGGGAUGACAAUACCUUCCUCUCAAAGCAGAAGCCGGUGAUUUAUGGGAGGUCAGUGGGGCAGAUGCUUCCCAGGCCUGUGCAGAGCAAGGUGCAGGCAGGAGGCAGCUGCAGCUCUGA